AUGAAGUCGGCCAAGGCUCCCGUCGUGGAAGCGCCGUCGCACCGGAGGUCGCAGCCUGUCCGCCAGACGCGCACGAAUCCUCCUCGAAGCUCGGCGACCGCUGCUCGCUCCGGAACCAGAGACUCGCUGGGCGGCCCAGUUGGGGACCAGCCCAUUGACAUCUUCCCUGCCAUCACCCACUUUGCCGACACCAUUACCGCCCUCCCCAAAGAGCUUGUCCGACACUUUACUCUGCUCAAGGAGGUCGACGCCAAGAUCUUCGCUCCUCAAGAGCAGCUUUUCAAGCUUAUCGCCUCCGCGAGGACUUUCGCGGUUCCCGAAGCGCUAACGAGCAAUGACGCCUCUGGCACGACCGGGCUAAAGGCUGCACCCACGAACGCUCUGGCAAGUUCCAACGGGAUUGCGUCCAACCAGCACCACCAGUCCGUGAUUUCGACCGAGGAUACCAAUGGCGGCGUGUUCGACCCCUCCAACCUCCAUCGCCGCCAGCUGUUCCGCCAGACCGCGAUUAAAAUACAGGAAAUGCUCGUGUCGCUGGAGGAGAAGAAUCAUGUCAUUUCCACGGCGAACGAGGCACUGCAGAGGCAGCUGGCUCGCGUGGAAGAUGUAUGGCCAUAUUUAGAGAACGAGUUCAGCGACGAAGCGAAAUGGGGAAGCACCACGCAUUGGGCCUACCCUGAGAAUCGCAAUGGCAAGCCUUCUCAGGCGGCUGAAAGAUCCAGACGCGAUGGCGCAGCGGCCAUUUCAGCCGCGGCACAGGCCCUAGCAGAACAGGCUGCCGCUCGCAGCGACGCUAGAAAGCAGGCUGUCCAAGCCAAGAAGAGUCAAAAGGUGCAUGCCCUCGAUUCGGAAGCCGAUGAUCAUGAUAGCCGAAACAAGGACGGCAGCAGCAAGAAAACCGCCGCUAGCAAAGUCCGAAAGACAGCCGAUAGUAGCAACAUUGGCUUGGGUAUAUCUACUGGAGCUUCCUCCAACGGCAACCCCCCACAGAAGAGGCGCAAAAAAGCCGUCGCCAGUGGUGGAGAGGCACCACCAAUGGAGCGUGCUAUGAGCCUCGUCUUUGGGAACAACUCAUCCAAGACGAAGCCCACCACUAGCCCUCGAGAGACUCCAGCUCCAGAGGUGCCGAAGAAACGCAAGGCUCUGCCCACGAGCAGCGGCCAAUCCAAGAAGAAGAACGCCCUAUCGGCCACCAUGUCCCCCUCAGCUGCGUCGUCUCCUGUCCUUGGAGUUUUACCAGAGACAAAGGUGCCAACGAGCCGCCCAUCACCCGUACCGGCACCGGCACCCACGCCCGCACCUCGACCGACAACGUCUCGCGCGCGACAGAAUUCCAUACAGUCAAACUCAGAAGCCAGCAAGGCCAGGCCCCCCUCUUCGGCGGCCAAGAAGACAAAUGGGAAUAUCCCCAACACGCCCGAAAUCACACCGGCUGCAAAUUGGUCACGCCCCAACCAUGACUCUGAACUUGGCAAGGAACCCUUGGUGACGGUCAAAAUUGAGCCUUCACCAAAGGAGCCAGAGCAAGUAGACGAUAAGCCUGUGGCGACCCCCAUUCCCGCUGUCAUCACCACCACGUCCUCUAGUCGCAGGAAUAGCAGAGUGGACGAGACGGAUCGCAAGAGCGAGCCUACUCAGCCUACGCCGCAAAGCACGGGCAUGGUCACGACCAAGAGUGGAAGAGCAAGCAAGCCAUCCACCCCGGCUCUACCAAGUUUCCAAGACGCGGCUGCUGCCAGGCCGCGGGCGACGCGCAAUGCAGAGCCAACGGGCAAUGGCAAAAAGACGCAGCAAAAGAAGGGCGUUACAGGAGCGCAGGCUCUGGCUCAGCUCGUAGAUGAGGAUGGAAAUAGCAGCAUGCAGGGCGACGAGGGUGAUGAGGAUGCCGACGUUGAUGCGGAUGAAGCCACAUACUGCUAUUGUAACAGCAUCAGUUAUGGCGCAAUGGUCGCGUGCGAUUCCGACGACUGCGCUCGCGAAUGGUUCCAUUUGGCUUGUGUGGGCCUCAAGGUUGCGCCAAGUUCGAAGACUAAAUGGUACUGCCCAGACUGCAAGGAGCGCCUCAAGAUGGGGAACAAAAAGAACGGUAGCCGAUAG